GUCUCGACCCAGAAGUUCUAACAUGGACCAAAGUCAGCCUCUUCCUCCUCGGCCCGCCUCACCAAAUAGUGCCAAAGUAUUGAACUCCAGAUGUAUAAAGGAUGGCACGCUGAAUGCCUUCCUUCCUCAUCGUAAACAUAUCACAUCGCAACAAACAUUCAACAAUGAACUUCAUCGUCUAUGUCUCUGCAGCCAUCCGUGCCCUCCACGCAUUCUAUGCGCUGGCUGGGUCCGGUACGCUGACAUCCUCCGGACUACUCGGGCUCCCCGGUGGUCCGCUGCUCUCCAACGCGCUCGCCGAGCUUGGUCCUCAGCUCGGCAUCCGCACGCUCCCUCACGUCUUCGGCCAGCACAUCGCCCAAGGGAUCAAGAGCAUCGCCGACGUCGUCUCACUUCGACUGUCGGCGGUCGUCAUCGCUUUACCCUCGGUCCUCAACGAUACGCUGUCUCAUGAAGACGGUGCCCUCGCGUCUGAAGAUCAGUUAAGCCCCGACCUCAUACCCGGUCUGACGCCCGAUAAUGUCAUCCUCUGGACGUCGUCUAACGAGACGUUCGAAGAGUCUCUGCAAACCUCCUGGUCCACCUCCGACACGCCUUCCAUCGC